AUGCGCGUUCCACUCCUUCCGCGGCUUCCCUCGCCAUGUCCCAAUGCAUCCUCCCGCGUUCCGCAUUGCUUCCCCUUCCUUCGCGCAGCUUCCCUGGGUCGAAUCAACUCAACGGACAAGGAUUCCUCAGCCAGCUGGGACUCCCCUCUUUGCCAGCCGCUCAUUGCCGCGGGACUGGCAGCGGCAUUGCUGGCCUCCGCCCCCCGUGCUCUUGCGGAAGCCGCUGUUGCUGCCGCUGAUGGCGCAGCGGCUGGUUCCGCCGCAUCAGCAGCGGCGCAGGCGUGCGGGGAGCUGCUGGGCGGGGCGGACUUCAACACUGUGGUGGCCGUGACGUGCGCGCUCGAGUUCAUUGCGCUCACUGGCGCUGCUGUGGGAGGGUACAUGGCGUUGCAGCAGGGGGCGGAGAUGGAGCGCAUUAACAAGCAGUUGAGGCAGAUCAACAUGAGCCUCAAGAGGCAGGCCCGCUUGGACGCUCCCUCCCUCGCCUACUCCCCGCCUCCUCCUAGCGCUGCCUCGCCUGCAGCCAGCACCAGCAGCAUGGCAGAGGCAGCAGCAGCUCCCGCUGCUGAAGCACCUGAUGCAGCUAGGGCAACGGCUAUGGCUGAAAUGGCUCAUGCUGCGAGUGAUGAGAGGGCAGAGCUGAUCCGCAUGCUGAAAGAGGGGAAGAAGCACCUGCGGGAUGGGCACCCAGGGUCCGCAUUUGUGGAGUUUCAUGUGGCUCUGAGCAAGGCAAAGGAGCUGGGAGAUGCGGUUGAAGAGAAGAAAGCUGCCAGAGGACUUGAGCCAGUGGCGAACAUUUACGAUGACAACGCGUCGAACGCGUCGUUCGCAAACGACCUGCGGCGCUUCUCGUAUCGCGAGCUGCAGGCGGCCACGGGGCGGUUCCGGCGCGGCAACCUGCUGGGCGAGGGCAGCUUCGGCAAGGUGUACCGCGGCUCCGUGCCGGACUGGCUCGGCGAGCUGCCACGUGGACAGAAGCGCAAAGUGGCGAUUAAAGUGCUUGAUGCUGAUAGCUUUCAGGGCUUCGGCGAGUGGAUGUCGGAGGUGCUACUGUUGGGCCGGCUGAGCCACCCCAACCUGGUGCGGCUGCUGGGCUACAGCACGGACAGGGAGGAGGCCAUCCUCGUUUAUGAGCUCCUCGAGAACGGCAGCCUCGACGCCUGGCUCUUCUCAGACGACUCCAGCAGCAGUCGUGUGCGGCGGGUGCUGACGUGGGAGGAACGGGUGCGCAUUGCACUGGAUGCGACCAUGGGUUUGGCGCACCUGCACGCGGAGAACAUCAUUCACCGCGACUUCAAGUCCUGCAACAUCCUCCUCGACCACGGCAUGCGGGCGAAGCUGACGGACUUUGGCAUGGCGACGGUGGGGCCGGAGGCGGGGCAGACGCACAUAUCCACGCGCGUGCUGGGCACCAUGGGGUACCUCGACCCCAAGUACCUCGAGACAGGCCACCUGACGCCCAAGAGUGACAUCUACGCGCUCGGGGUGGUUUACCUGGAGCUCCUCACUGGCCGCCCGCCCUCAGGCGACGACGACCAGGACGCCAAUGGGGAGGGCGGCUUGACAGCCUGGAUUCGGCCGCACAUCUCAGUGCGCCGCCCGGAUCUAGACAUCAUCUUGGACCCGCGGUUGAAGGACCAGUUCUCCCGCAUUGCUGCCCAGAAGCUUCUGGUUCUGGCCAAGCACUGCAUCAGUGAGGACCCGGUGGCACGGCCACAGAUCCAGGACCUGGUGAAGUCCAUGCAACACAUCGUUGCCAUCGGGCACUCUCGAUCCGACUCCAGUGGGUCGACCAUGUCAGGUCACAGCAGAUCAGCUUCCCUUGUCUCCGCCACAUCCGGGGGACACAGCAGAUCCGCUUCUGCUUCUUCAGCUUCCGCUAAUGAGACCGCGGUGAGCAGCGUUGCAGACAGGAAUGGUGGUAGAGACGCUAGUGGCCGGCGGAGUGGGGAAGGGUGGAACUCCUGGCGCUCGUUGUCAUGCAGAGAUGCUGGGGGAGGAAGUGACAGAGGCGCAGAGAAUGGGAUUGAUGACGGGUCAUAUGUUAAUGCUGGCAAGGGGCGGGAAAUAUCAGCGCCGGGCCUCGAGACAGGCCACCUGACGCCCAAGAGUGACAUCUACGCACUGUGCGAUGUGCAGUAUUCGCUCACCGCCCUCUGCGCUCAGCCCUACUACCGCCGUUGCUCGCGGCACUCCGUCGCUGCCGACGGUGGCUCCGCCAUGACCCACGCAGAUCUUGUUGCGCGCCAAGCGGCGAUCGCUGACGCAAGGGAUGAUGCGGAUCAGGCGGCGGGCGGAGCGGAGUUGGGGCAGGCAGCGGGUGAUAGGGGCGGGGAGUGGGCGGCGGUGGGGCUGGGGCUGGUGGAGGUGCAUCUGGCCGCCAACGAGAGCCCCGCGUCGCGCGAAAAGCGCAUUCGCGCGCUUUUUCAGACGUUCGACACCGAAAAUAGAGGCGCGCUGACGCGGAGGCAGAUAGAGAGGGGGUUGGCGCGCAUGGGCGUGCUGGUGGACUACAAGUUCUCCAAAGACCUCCUCGCCGCCAUCGACCAGAACGGGGACGGCGUGUGUGACUAUAACGAGUUCCAUCGCUACAUGGACAGCAAGGAGGUGCAGCUGUACCGCCUCUUCCAGCAGCUCGACACCGACUUCGAUGGCGCCAUCUCCCUGCAUGAGCUCGCUGCCGCGCUGCACCACGCUGGCAUACACCUAGUGGAGGGCGAGUUACAGGCGUUCAUGGAGAAGAUGGAUCGCAACCACGAUGGCGUGCUGUCCUUCAACGAGUGGCGUGACUUCCUGCUGCUCUUCCCCCACCGCGCCACCUCCAUCGCCACCGCCUACCAGUACUGGGAGCGAGUGCAGCAGGUGGACAUAGGCGAGCAGCCAGUCAUCCCCUCAGGCCUCUCUGCAUCGCUCUCCACCGCUCCCGACGCCUCCGCCCUGGCGUGGCGCUACUUCCUGGCGGGCGGCGUGGCGGGUGCCGUGUCGCGCACCGCCACGGCACCCCUGGACCGCCUCAAGGUGCUCCUGCAGUGCGCCAAGGCCACCACCCAUGCGCACCCCGCUGCUGCUGGCGCUGCCGCUGCCGCUGUCCGUGCUGGUGGUGUUGCUGGUGCCGGUGCGGUGGCAGCCGCUGCUGCUGGUGGCAGCAGCGCCGCCCCAAGGGCUGUUGGCUCGAGUGGUGCAGCAGGGAGGGCUGUGCAUGCAGCAGCGGGGGGGGCACAGGCAGGUGGCACCCGAGGGACAGUGGCAGCAGUGUCAACAGCAACAGGGGGAGCAACGGAGGGAGCAGCAAGGGCAGGCGUGGGAGGAAGGCUGUCCAGCGCCGCUUUCUCUCUCCUCCGCACCGCCUCCCCCUCGGCCCCGUCUUUCUCGCUCUCACCCUCUACACAAGCACCACCUCGCCUGCCGCCCAGCAUGCCGCUCUGGUGGCAGAACAUGCAGUCUGGCCGGCAGGCCACAAUCGCCGGGCGGCAGCAGGUGGCGGGCGGGCGGCUGACGCUGUGGCGAGCGGUGCAGCAGGUGUACGGGGAGGGCGGCGUGGGGGCGUUCUUCAAGGGCAACGGCAUCAACGUGGUCAAGGUGGCGCCCGAGUCAGCCAUCAAGUUCUAUGCCUAUGAGCUGCUCAAACGCGCCAUCUCCCCCCCUGCUGCUGCUGGGGGUGCUGGUGCUGGUGAGAAGUCGGGGGAGACGGCGGUGACGCGGCUGGUGGCGGGGGGCAUGGCGGGCGCCGUGGCACAGACGGCCGUGUACCCACUUGACCUCGUCAAAACGCGCCUGCAGACCUACCACCUCACAUACGGCCGAAACCCGCCGCCCCUCGCCGCCCUGACGGCGGAGAUUCUACAGAGGGAGGGGGCGGGCGCCAUGUUCCGCGGGCUGCUGCCGUCCAUCCUGGGCAUGAUCCCAUUCGCUGGCAUCGACUUGGCGGCGUAUGAGACGCUGCGAGACGCCUUCACCCCAUGGAUUGAACAGCGACCUGAGGCGGCGCCGGUGCUGCAGCUGGCCUGUGGCACGGUGUCAGCCACUGUGGCAGCCACCCUCGUCUUCCCCCUGCAGGUCAUCCGCACCCGGCUGCAAGCACACGUCAGCGCACCGCCCGCACCAAGCAGCGCAUUGGGUUUUGCAGCAGGAGCAGCAACGCCAGCAGCAGCAUUGUCGGCCAUGGGCGUAGCACGCAGGGGGCCAACGAUGGGGGAGGUGACACGGGAGCUGUGGCAGGAGGGGGGCGUGCAUGCCUUCUUCCGAGGUGUGGUGCCGAACCUGCUCAAGGUGGUGCCUGCUGCCAGCAUCACGUACGUCACGUACGAGCACAUGAAGAAAGUGCUCGCACUUGAUUAG